AUGCAGAUUCGAAUCCGCCCGACGCACGCACCUUCCCAAGAACUGCACGGUCUCGCACUGAACUCCUCGACAGAUCCCCCCCCCCCAGACGAAAAGCCAUCGAUGUACAACGUGCCUCGAAUCUGGGGUAAGAUAGCGGGGAGGGUGAAAACGGGAGAGAGGGGAACAAUGCAUCCCGAGCCCUACCUCAAAAGGGCAAGUCCUCGAAUCCUGAGAAGAGCAACGAGUACAAUGACAGGAAAACAGGCCGGGCCGAAUCGCGACGCGGCGAAUUGGGGGACAGCGGCUUUCGUGGCCCGGGAUGAAACCCAACGGCUUGCCUGGUCCGGGGAGAAAGAUGGACUCGUUACUCAUAGCUCUAUGCAUAAGAAAAUAAAUGAAAAGAAGAUGACAGGCCUGCAUCCGGUCGUGGGGGAGUGCGAGAUGUGCAGGGCCCUCUCCGGCUGUGAACAACUGCCCAAGUCGCUCGAGUCGAGAUGCCAUCUCUGUCUCUCCCGUUGCUCCCGAGAUGGCGUCACGACACACGCUGUCGAUGCCUCCGGCUACCCGGGGGAAGACAUGUAG